AUGGAGAUGACGGCUCCAUUCAUGGGAAUGUCUCUGACUGUUUCUCUGCUGUUUCUGAUCUUCAUCUGUGGAGUUGUUGCUCAGGAUGGCUGGAGUGUGAAUUACAUCUUUAAAUCUGUCUGUGUUCCAAAAAGAUCUACAGUGUUCAUGAGAUGCACUUACACAUAUCCUAGUGAUUACUCACUCCAAAAAGCUUUCUGGACCAAACAGUGGCCUGCCAAAAACAUAGAACCUCCAAGUCUGUUAGAUCAUCCAGAGUUCACAGGCAGAGUUCAGUACCUGGGAGAUAAAAAACACAACUGCACUCUCAGACUGAUUGAUGUGAGAGAAACUGAUCAAAGUAAAUACUACUUCAGAUUUAUAACAGACAAACCUGGAGGAAAGUAUCAAGGUGCAGGUGGAGUUGAUCUUUCAGUCACAGAUCUCCAGGUGGAGGUUCCUGAGAGAGUGAUCGAGGGAGAUAAAGUCACUCUCACAUGUAAAACCACCUGCAGUCUGACAGUCACACAAACAUUCACCUGGUACAGAAAUGGACAUCCUUUAUCCUCCAGGACUGACCAACUCCACCUGCAGCCAAUCAGCAGGAAGGAUGCAGGCAGGUAUCGCUGUGCUGUACUGAGUCAGAACCUUCACUCUCCUGAGGUCACUCUUAAUGUCAGAUAUCUCCAGGUGGAGGUUCCUGAGAGAGUGAUAGAGGGAGAUAAAGUCACUCUCACAUGUAAAACCAGCUUCAGUCUGUCUUACAGACCAAAAUUCACCUGGUACAGAAAUGGACGUUAUUUAUCCUUCAGGACUGAUCAGCUCCACCUGCAGCCGGUCAGCAGGGAGGAUGCAGGCAGGUAUUGCUGUGCUGUACUGGAUCAGAACCUUUACUCUCCUGAGGUCACUCUUAAUGUGAGAUAUGGCCCAAAGAGCAUCUCAGUGUCCAUCAGUCCCUCUGGUGAAAUAGUGGAGGGCAGUUCAGUGACUCUGACCUGCAGCAGUGAUGCAAACCCACCUGUGGAAUAUAACUGGUUUAAAGGAACAUCAUCAGUAGGAAAAGGCAAGACUUACACAGUGAAGAAGAUCAGCUCUGUGGACAGUGGAGAAUAUAAGUGCAGAUCCAGUAAUAAACAUGGAGAGAAACUAUCUGAAGCUCUAACUCUGAAUGUUUUGUAUCCUCCAAAGAGCAUCUCAGUGUCCAUCAAUCCCUCUGGUGAAAUAGUGGAGGGCAGUUCAGUGACUCUGACCUGCAGCAGUGAUGCAAACCCACCUGUGCAGAACUAUACCUGGUUUAAGAAGCCAAAUACAGGAGCCCUGCAGAAAUCAACAAGUCAAAUCUACAGCAUCUCAAACAUCAGCUCUGCAGACAGUGGGGAAUACCAUUGCAUGGCAACCAACGAACACGGGUCUAAAUACUCAGAGUACAAGUCAUUAACAGUACUGUAUGGACCAAAGAGCGUCUCAGUGUCUAUCAGUCCCUCUGGUGAAAUAGUGGAGGGCAGUUCAGUGACUCUGACCUGCAGCAGUGAUGCAAACCCACCUGUGCAGAACUACACCUGGUUUAAAGAAGGUGGAAGCUCACCUGUAGGAUCUGGACACAGUUACAGGGCUCCACAGAGUGGAUCCUACUACUGUGAGGCUCAGAAUGAACACGGAUCUCAGAAAUCAGAUGCAGUGACUGUCACUGAAAAAGGGGUUAAGAGUGCUGACCUGUUUGCUGUUCUUGGGGUCCUUGCUGGAUGUGGAUGUUUAUUUGUCAUUGUUGCUGUUUUGUAUUUUAGUAAAAAGAAACAAGGAGGUUCAGCUGAUGCAUCAAAGCUGAGACAGGAAAAUCACUACAUUGAUAUGGCAGUGAGAUCCACAACCAGUGAUGCAGCACCUGAUCCACAUCUGUCUAAUCAGUGUGAUGUUCAUUAUGCCUGUAUUGUAUUACAGAGAGUCAGAAACCCCAGGAAUGCUGAGAGCUCUGCAGUGAAAGCUUCUGGGACUGAUGAGGAGGUUCAGUAUGCCACUGUCCAGCACCGCCAUGAUAAAGUGGUACAGAAGACUGAAGAGGACGAGGUUCAGUACGCUAGUAUAAGAUUUACUAACACUGGUGCUGCCAACAGGUCUGAUGUUUCCACACUUGAUGAUGUCUCAGUGAUUUACAGCAGCAUGAAAUAACUAAGCUGUUCUGUUCUGGACCACCACUGUGAAAGUUGUUCUGUUCUGGACCAAUACUCCGACCCAUGAACAAAAUUUUCAUCUGUAUUUAUUGGAAAUGCCAUGAAAACAGGACACGGUGUAUUAGUUCAAUGUAAACCACAACAUGCAUUUUGGAGCUCACCAAAUUUCUAUGAUCAUUUUGUGGAUCAGUCCUUCUGAUGGCAAAACGAUUUUACUGGACCUGAAUUUCACUAUUUCAGAAGGAAACUGUAUCAACUGUGUCAAGAUCUGCAAUUACAAUUUAACACCACCAGGACCAACAAUAAGAUGCCAUUUUUGGAUAUAAUCUCAAAUAAACAACCUUGUGAGUGAUUUGUCUGCGAUCAACACUCAACCAACCCUUUCCCACUGCUAUUUAUUCUCAAUGUUCAAAGGAGAAUGCUAACACUGUGUUGACUGUGUUUGAACCGUGGCCAUGUACUGGACCCUUCUUCAAUCUCUACAGGUAGAGCUGGGCGAUAUGGCCAAAAAUGUUAUCACGAUUAAAAAAUUCAUAUUGUUUGAUAUCGAUACAUAUUGCGAUAAAUGUCAAAUCAUUAUUUC